UUGAAAAUGUCUACCUCCGACUCCCAGCCCACCGCCGGAACUUUCGAGGGCAUGAACGCAGAGAAGAUAAAGGCUCUCACAAGCCUUGAGAACUUCAAGCUAGCACCCGUUCUUGACGCCCAAGCACAAGCAGCUUUCAUGCAUCCAAAUGAGCGCCUGACGAACGCCCUCGACAACUCGAAAGCCAGCGGGCUCCCACCCAUCAACGUGCUCCCAAUGGCUGGACAGCAUCUAUCCAUCCUCACACAACUUAUGGGUGCAAAGACGGUCCUCGAGAUCGGAACACUAGGCGGCUACUCGUCCAUCGUGUUUGCACAGGCUGGUGCGAAAGUGACCAGUGUCGAGAUCGAUGCUAAACAUCGCGAUGUUGCACUUCAGAACACCAAAGGCUUGGACGUAGAUGUCAUCCUAGGGGAUGCUUUGAAGGUCAUGCCGCAGCUAUACGAUGAAGGCAAACAAUUCGACAUGGUGUUCAUCGAUGGUCCUUGGGAUGUUUUGGCGGAUGAAUUCGACUGGGCAGUCAAACUGACACGGAUUGGUGGAUGCAUCCUUUUGGAUGAUGUGGUUCCUGCUAUGCUGAUGGAAGCGAUCUUGAAAGGUGGUGUGGACAGUUUCGCUUCGAAGGUGCAAGGGGAGGAUACGGAGAAUGUGAUUACGAAGAUUGGGAAAGAUGAGAGGGUUCAGGCGGCGCUCAUGCCCACAGUGGCGACUCAUGAAGCCAUAUUCAACCAGCCACUGUUCACUGGGUUUAUCCUGGCUACUGUGAAGAGUCAUUGA